GUUGUACAUCCGGGUCCUGGCGCUAGCCGUUGUUGGGUUGUUUACGCGCUGGAGGCCGGUGGCAGCGCAGCACCAUAUUUUAGUAAAAAAUAACCAAUAACAACGGUGUAGAAUUCCAUUCUGGUGUGUGAAUAAAGUUUAACGAUGCAUAACCGGUUGAUAAACGGCGGGGAGAUCCGCUCUGUCACUGACUGAACACUUUAACGCAACACUUUUCUCCUGUCCGACACCGAGCCUGAGCUCAGCUCUUCAUUCUGCUCUUUCUCCACAUUUCUCUCAUUUAUCGCUGAUUUUCACCCACUUUGGAUUUUCGGUGUGUGAGGCGCGAGAGAGAUGGGUGCGUUCUUGGACAAGCCGAAGAUGGAGAAGCAGAACGUUCAUGGCGAGGGGAACGGGCUGCGCUACGGCGUGAGCAGCAUGCAGGGCUGGCGCGUGGAGAUGGAGGACGCUCACACGGCCGUCAUCGGCCUCCCGCACGGCCUCGAGCCCUGGUCCUUCUUCGCCGUGUACGACGGCCACGCCGGCUCUCAGGUCGCCCGCUACUGCUGCGAACACCUGCUCGAGCACAUCACCAGCAACCCCGACUUCCAGCUGUGGAAUAAGGCGAGCGUGCGAUAUCUUAACGGCGUUCAGGGCAGCAGCGGAGGGGAGGAGGAGCCAAGCGUGGACCGCGUCACGUCGGGAAUCAGGACCGGCUUCCUGCAGAUCGACGAGCACAUGCGGGAGAUGUCUGAGCGGAACCGGAGUGGCUCGACGGCGGUGGGCGCCAUGAUCUCGCCGCGACGCAUCUUCCUAAUCAACUGCGGCGACUCUCGGGGGCUGCUGAGCCGCGCCGGCGCCGUGCACUUCUCCACACAGGACCACAAACCCAGCAACCCACUGGAGAAACAACGCAUCCAGAACGCAGGGGGAUCCGUCAUGAUCCAGCGUGUGAACGGCUCUCUCGCCGUGUCCAGAGCUCUCGGAGAUUUCGACUACAAGUGUGUGAGUGGAAAAGGCCCCACGGAGCAGCUGGUCUCCCCCGAGCCCGAGGUUUACGCCAUCGAUCGCUGCGAAGCCGAGGACGAGUUCAUCGUCCUGGCCUGCGACGGCAUCUGGGACGUGAUGACCAACGAGGAGCUGUGUGACUUCGUACGCUCGAGACUGCAGGUGACCGACGACCUGGAGAGAGUGUGCAACGAGAUCGUCGAUACCUGUCUCUACAAGGGAAGCAGAGACAACAUGAGCGUGGUGUUGGUGUGCUUUAGCGGCGCGCCGAAGGUUACACCAGAGGCCAUGAAGAGAGAAGCAGAACUCGACAAAUACCUGGAGAACCGAGUAGCAGAGAUCCUGAAGAAGCAGAAUGAUGACGGAGCACCAGAUCUUGUCCACGUGAUGCGAACGCUGGCAUCAGAGAGCAUCCCAAACUUACCGCCUGGAGGAGAACUGGCCAGCAAGCGAAGCGUUAUUGAAGCAGUAUAUAACAAACUCAACCCCUACAGGAAUGAGGACACAGACUCUGCGUCCGCUGAUGACGUGUGGUAGCGUUUUACAACACACGCUCCGGCUUCUCUCUCACACACACACACGCACACACACACACACACACACAGAGCGGAACGGAUGGGACGCCAGCUGAAGAGGAGGAACGAGGGAAUCAUCCCUUUACGCUCAGCUCCACUCACGACGGGACAUUUCAUUCCUUCUUUUUUAUGAUUUUUUUAAUCAUUUUUCUGAUAUAGUUUUGUUUUUUUUGUUUUUUGGGGCGGGGUGGUGUAAGUAAUUUGAGUCACAUCAUCGUGUGUGUUUGUAUAUUUGUUUUUGAAGUGCAAUUGUAUUAAAAAAAGCCUGUAUCAAAUGCAGCUUGUUGUUAAAUGUAAAAAAAAAAAAAAGAAAAAAAAAAAGAAGAAGAACUAAACGUUAAGAUAUUUUAAAAAAAGAGGAACCCUUUAUGCACUAUCUGCCUUGUCAUAGGAAAUGCCGACUCUCUCUCGGUAAGUUCCCUUCGGCUUGAACGCGUGUUUUCCGCGAGGCGUGUGCCGACGCCGCGUUUCUACGUCGCGAUGUUUGAGGGGAAAAGACGUACCGUGUCCGUGGGACGAAGUCGGAACGACGAUCCGGGACAGGAAUCCGGUUCCGGAUCCGCUCCGAUUGGUCGUUGUUCUAGUGCGUGUUCCUAUCUGCCGGUUGCCACGGUUUCUCCAGUAGUGUAGCACGCCUGUAAAACAGACACGGCGAGCUACAGGACGUACACAAACACCACGCACUUCACUACGGAUCAGUCGUCUUCCUGCGAAAUACAAAUAAAGCAACGUUCUUGCUGGACCUAAUCGCACGGAGAACCUUUCGCUCUUUUCCCACGGCCAUCUUUUACAUCCGACACCGCGUGUACCGUGUGCCGCCGUUCCGGGUCUUGACCUAUAUCGGAAAAAACUUAUACCGGACCUAUACCGGAGUUCUGACUGUGCAAGUGUUCACGCGUUCCCCGCAUUCGGAGGUAACUUUAGAAAACCGUUCCAAAAACACGUUCUUCUGCGUUUUUUUCUUCGUUGUUCCUCGCACCGUGUUCCCAGUUUGGACCGAAAAUAAACCGGCGGACGUGUUCGUGUUCCUGUAGCUAACAGCGCUGCCGUGACAUCGUAGGAACCGUUUAUUAUUAUUUUGUAAUUUUUUUAAACAUUUUUAAAAUGGGUUUUUUGUUGUUGUCGAGCGUUUUCUCUGGCGUGCACACUGCUGCCCCCUUCUGGUGUGACCGCUCGACUUCACUCUGAGUCGUUCCGAACACCACGGACUCAUUUCCGGGAGCAGAAACGCUGCGUGUCGCGCUCCGCCAUCUCCUCCUCUCGCCGUCCGCGACAGCCACGUGGCGCGUAUCGAACAUCGCAGUGUAUCGUCUAACCGAUCGUCGGCACACGCCUGACGUCAUGUUCAGAUUUUUCUCCCUGCUCCUUUGAUGAAACGGGUAAACGAUAACGGCUUACAGCGCAGAGAGCUUCUUUCCCUUUUUUUAAAUGGGUCCAUCUGUUUUCUUUAUUCGUUUUGUUAUUGGUUCUUGAUUGGCACAUAGGACACAUCGCUUAAGACAGACAGAGAGAGAGAGUGUGUGUGUGUGUGUGUGUGUGUGUGUGUGUGUGUGUGUUUCAGUCCAGAUUUAAUUUUUCUUUCUGAAUAGUUGUUAAUGUUUUUGAAAAGGAAAAAAAAAUCAUGAGCUCUUCCUUACGACCAAGCUAAGCUCGAGUGUGUGUGUGUGUGUGUGUGUGUGUGUGUGUGUGAUGAUUUUUCCUCCACAGAACACUGUAUCAUUAUUGACCUUUUAUCAUUUUUUCCCUCAGAAAAGUUUGUAUUCAUGUGUUGUAUUAUAACUGAUUGUGUAAUACUCCUGCACUGUGUUCCAAUUCCGCUUUAACAUCGUGAUUCAUUUUACUGAAGUGCGCCCUGGUUCACGCCCCCCAGCCACGCCCCCCAGCCACGCCCCCAGCGCGAGUCAGAGCCCUUAUUACUGUGUAAUAAAACCGUAAUUACAAGCUAACGAAGGGAAGAGCAGCUCCGAGGAACUAAACAGCGAGACCACGUUAAUCACGGUUACGGAGCGACGUGCGUGUGAAUAAGCCACGCCCACAAUCAUAAUACACAACAAAGAAUUUCAGAAGAAAGAAAAAAACCCACAGAUUUGUAGGAAUUCUCUCAUUAUUAUUAUUUAAGUUCAGAUAUUUUGCAUUAAGGCUCCUUUAACCGGACAUUGUUAACGGUGUUGACGAACGUUAAUAAAUGAUAAGCCGACGCCCACAGUAAACAAACAAACAGAAACCAACCCAAGCAUGAGUGCAGGUGUGACCGCUGUGUGGUGUUAAUGUCCACCGAGGUUAGGGAGUGUGUUUGUGUAUUUAUUGGUACGUGUUUGUUUGUCUGGUAGUUCCAAUCAGCGGUCAGGUUUUAGAUCACUCCGUGAGCCGCUUUCUUUGCUUCGCGUUUUAAAAAGAGCAGGGAAACAAAGUCGUCGUGUUGCAGCAGUGCAUUCUGGGUAAAUUGUGGUCGUGGAGUCUUAACUUAAUUUGCGCUGAUAAGAAACACCUGAGCGGCCUUUAAGACGGCGGCGGAGAGGAUCUGAGGACGUAGGGGGCGUGGACGAGGGCGUAUUUAAAUAAAUAAAUAAAUAAAUAAAUAAAU